AUGGUCUUUUUUAAUCUUUGGUCUGUGCUGCAGUGGUAUCUGAGACCUUUUAUAAAAUGGUUUUUAAGAAAAACAACACGGCUAUGCGAGCUUCAGAGAAUAUGCUAUGGAGAUAAGGCUGGAGCCGAAAGAACCUGCAAUAUUGAAAAAUCAUUGAUGUUGUCGAGAACUCAAGAUGUUAAGGAUGUUGUUUCAUUUUUAGACUUAGUAGUUAAGGAGCGAAGGUUUCAUUCGUCAAAUUUUCACGAAAUACUCGAUCCAUCAAUAAACAUAAUUUUAAGAGUUAAAAAGAUAAACCCAAAACUUCAUGAUGUUUUUGUGCCUUCAUUUAGGAAAAGCUUACAACAAAUUUGGAGUUACCGACAAUUAAUCGACGAAAUAGAAGAUCUUCGUCGAACACAAUUUGAUAGUAACAAUAUUGAACAUGAAGAAAAAUUAUUGAAAUUGUGGGAUUUAUUAGUUCCCAACAAUCCUUUAGAAGCUCGAGUGACAAAAGAGUGGCAAUACAUUGGAUUUCAGGGUGAUGACCCGAAAACUGAUUUCCGUGGAAUGGGACUUUUAGGAUUAGAAAAUUUACUCUUUUUUGCUUCUGAAUACCCUGAAGUAUCGAGCCAUGUACUGAGUCAUUCAAGGCAUCCAAAAUAUGGGUACACUUUUGCUAUAGUGGGCAUAAACUUAACAUCAAUGGCUUAUUAUCUUCUUAAGGAUGGAUCUGCAAAAACAUACAUGUUUAAUGCCAAGCAGUAUUUGCCCAGUGUAAAUUUAUUUCAUAAAUUUUACUGUUAUCUCUUCUAUGAAUUUGACAAACUGUGGAUAGAAUCUAAGCCUGAAAAUAUAAUGGAGUUUUCAGUUAUUUUCAAAAAAUUUGAGAAUGCCAUUCAAACUGAAUUAGCUGAUCCAGCAUCUGUGUUCAGAAUAAACAUUGAAGUGGAUACUGUUUAAUAAUUGAAACUAGUCAUUAUUUUUAUUUAAUAGACCAAUCUAUGAGCACAUACAUGUGUUAGUGUGUAUAUGUUAUAUACAAUUUAGUAAAUACAAUUUUUAAUAAUUUAGAUAAGUAUAACUGAGCACAUUUGACUCAAAAUUUAUUGUAUUACAUAACAUAUUUUGUACAAUCCAUAUAGACAAUAGCUAAGGUGGUUUGCAAAUAUUGGUAGUUGUCAUACUUCCCUUUGUUCAUGAGUUCUAACUAUAAUAUAUAAUUAUUAUAAUAUAAGGAAAUAGAGAUCUCAA